AUGUUCCCUCGUGUAAAUGCAUCCAUGGAUACUGCGACCGUGGACUGUACGACGGCACGGGACCUCAGUAACGUCCUGUCUCUCAACAACAUCCGGCAGACGCUCAUCCGGCUGGAGGACACGAUCAUCUUCGGCCUAAUAGAGCGAGCCCAGUUCGCACGUAACAGUGCUGUGUACGAGGAGCCUGGAGUGGAAGUGCCUGGCUGCUCCCGACCGGGCUGCUCGUUGCUGGAGUACAUCCUCAGGGAGACCGAGCAGAUCCAUGGCCGCAUCCGGCGCUACACCUCCCCCGAUGAGAAUGCCUACUUCCCCGAGGCCCUGCCCUCCCUGCUCCUCCCGCCCAUCACCUAUGAGCAGGUUCUGGCUCCUUGUGCUGCAUCCAUCAACCUCAAUGAAUCCAUCCUCAAGCUGUACCUUGAGCACCUCAUGCCGGAGAUCACCGAGCCUGGUGAUGAUGGCAACUAUGGUUCAGCUGCCAUGUAUGAUGUCAUGAUCCUCCAGGCACUCUCCAAGCGCAUUCACUACGGCAAGUUUGUGGCGGAGUCCAAAUUCCUGAGCCAGACCGAGAAGUACACACGGCUAAUACAUGCACAUGAUUCAGAGGGCCUCAUGGCAGCAAUCACAGAUGCUGUGGUGGAGGCCAAGGUCAUCCAGCGGGUUGCGCGAAAGGCUGCCAUUUUCGGACAGGAUGUGGGUGCUGCAGGCGACGUGAUUGUGGGCACGGACUCGGAGGCGGCGGAGCAGAAUGCCAAGGUGCGACCACAGGCGGUGGCGCAGCUGUACAAGGACUGGGUCAUGCCCCUCACCAAGAAGGUGGAGGUGGACUACCUGCUGAGGCGCCUGGAAGACUAG